GAAGGUUACGCACACCAACACAGUCGACUGAAAAUCUCGUUCUCUGGAAAACAGCAGAAAAUAUUUUUAUCGAAAUUCGGGAGUGAUUUUGGAAGUAAAAUUGGACGCAAAUUGUGUUAAUUUAUUGUGUAUAUCGUCAAUUCAACCCACCACUGCAGUUUUGAAUGAUAAUCAAUUUCACUGGACGGCGCCCGGUGACGUAAGAACGGUGCCCUGCAAAGUAGAUCAUCGGCAGUAAUUUUUCCCUUUGCUGCUGUCUGGGGCUAAAUUGAUUGGAAGCGGAAUCAGUUUCAAUAAUUUAUAGGAACUCAAAGGUCUCAAAUUGAUUGCUGGUAGAUACGAUGCCGCAAACGCCGAUCAACUCACUGGACGAGCAGGACAAACUGCUGAGCGAUGCCAUCACCGUGGUGCGGGCGCAGGCCUUCCAAAUGAAGCGGUUCCUCGAUAAGCAACGCCUAAUGGAAGCCAUGCGUUGUGCCUCGACGAUGCUGGGAGAACUCCGCACGUCGCUUCUUUCGCCCAAGAGCUACUACGAACUGUACAUGGCCAUCACGGAUGAGCUGCGCCACUUCGAGCAUUACCUGCUGGAUGAGUUCCAGAAGGGUCGCAAGGUUCCGGAUCUGUACGAGCACGUUCAAUACGCAGGGAACAUUGUACCGCGGUUGUACUUGCUGAUUACGGUUGGGUUGGUGUACAUCAAAACGAAUUCGUCGCUCAAGAGGAGCAUUUUGAAGGACUUGGUGGAAAUGUGUCGAGGAGUGCAGCAUCCACUGCGUGGAUUGUUUCUCCGCAACUACCUCUUGCAAUGCACCAGGAACAUUCUACCGGAUGUUUUGAGCAACGGAGAUGAACACGAAGGAACCGUUAUCGAUGCGAUAGAUUUCGUUCUCACGAACUUUGCUGAAAUGAAUAAGCUGUGGGUUCGUAUCCAGCACCAGGGACAUUCGAGCGAACGUUCUCGAAGGGAAAAGGAACGCGAAGAGUUGAAGAUCCUGGUUGGUACCAAUUUGGUUCGGCUGUCGCAGCUCGAGUCGGCUACAUUGGAGAUCUAUCAACGAUUGAUCUUGCCUGGUAUUCUCGAGCAAGUCGUCAGUUGUCGCGAUGCCAUCGCCCAGGAGUAUUUGAUGGAGUGCAUCAUUCAAGUUUUCCCUGACGAAUUUCAUCUUCUGACGUUGGAUCCGUUCUUGAAAUCGUGUGCCCAGCUCCAAUCCGGCGUAAACGUGAAGAAUAUCAUAAUUUCAUUGAUCGAUCGGCUGGCUUUGUACAAUCAACGAAAUGGAAAAGUCGCUCAAACCACGUCCGGAACCGAAAUCAUUUCGGCGAUUCCAGCGGAGGUUCAACUGUUUGAGGUUUUCAGUACGCAAAUUGCGUACAUCGUCCAGCUGAGGACGGAUAUGCCUCUGGAGGAUACGGUUUCGCUGCAGGUGGCACUGGUCAGCCUGGCGCAGAAGGUCUAUCCCGAUCGUGUCGAUUACGUCGACAAGGUGCUGGAAACCACGUCGCAAAUUCUUGAUCGGCUGAACAUGACCAAGUAUUGCAUUUCUCACUCGCUCUCAGUGAACCAGGAAUUGUCCCGUCUGCUGCGUCUCUGCGUAGACUACUACAAUAACAUAUUAACGAUCCUGCAGCUACAGUACUUCACUCCGUUGCUUGAAAAGUUCGAUUACUCCUCCCGCAAAGCGCUUUCUCUUUACAUCGUCAUGAACAUCCUGGAAAACGAAACGCUCAUUCCAACGGCCGAGCACGUAGAUAGUGUUUUGGGUAUGCUCUCCCCUCUGAUCCGUGACCAGGAUGACCAACCUGGCGAUAAGGUGGACGCGGAAGACUUCGCCGAAGAGCAAGGCAUUGUCGGCCGAUUUGUGCAUCUACUCCGCUCGGACGAUUCCGAUACGCAGUACAAGAUCUUGACCGCUUCUCGAAAGCAUUUCGGUCUCGGUGGGCAGCAACGGAUACGAUUCGUUCUGCCACCGUUGGUGUUCCAGGCCUAUCAACUGGCUUACAAGUACAAGUCGAUUGCCUCCGAGGAUGAAAUGUGGGAUAAGAAGUGUCAGAAGAUUCUACAAUUUUGUCACAGUACGAUAGCCGUUCUGGCAAAGUCCGAGCUUCCGGAGUUGGCCCUACGGUUGUAUCUGCAGGGAGCAUUGUGCAUCGGACAGAUUGCCUAUUCGAACCACGAAACGGUUGCAUACGAUUUCAUGACACAGGCUUUUUCUCUAUAUGAGGAUGAAAUUUCCGAUUCCAAAUCGCAGUUCGCCGCCAUUACGCUGAUCGUAUCCACCGUGGAACAGAUGACAUGCUUUUCGGAGGAGAACGCGGAACCUCUGCGAACGAACUGUGCCCUGGCAGCGUCAAAGCUGUUAAAGAAACCGGAUCAGUGCCGAGCGGUGGUUACCUGUGCCAGUCUAUUCUGGAGUGGAAAACAAAACGGCCAGGAACUACGAGACGAGAAACGAACACUCGAAUGUCUCAAAAAGGCCGCUAAAAUCGCCUCUCAGUGUUUGGACGUUGGUGUCCAGGUGCAGCUGUACGUUGAACUGUUGAAUCACUAUUUGUUCUACUAUCAACGAGGAAAUGCUCAGAUCACGAUUUCCAUGCUGAAUCAGCUAAUUGCGAAAAUCAACGAGGAGCUACCGAACCUGGAACCCACGGAGGAAACGAAACAGAUCGAGCUGCACUACCAAAACACGCUAGCUCACAUCCGAAGUCGAAUGGAAGCCACCGACAGCGGACUGGAAGUUUCCUUCGCCGGCAUUACGUUGAAUUGAAUUGUGUAUUCUCCAAUCGGCGACGGUGCGGCAGUUUUUAACUUUCAAAUUCUCAUCAAUUUUGUAUGGUCAAAUCAAAAGAAGCUGGAUUUCUAUUUUCCGAGGCAUUUAUUUUGGUUAAAUGAAGGAUGGUUAAAAAUUGCAUAGGUAUUGUAUGUGAAUCAUUUAUUGACGACAGUCGAGACAAAGUCAAACUAUAUUAUAAAUAUGGAUGAAAUGUAUUUAAUGAAAUCCGGGAUAUAUGAGAGGAGAGCUACUACAACAACACUAAUUUGAUAAGACUUCUAGGGAAAUCAAAGUUAAUUGACGACGGCUGAGCAUUGAAUAUGAUUAAUCUUUUAAAGGAUUACGUCUUAAGUAUCGAAUAUUAUUAGCUCGUAAUAAUUAUGUAACUAACAGAAAUAAUGCAUAAAAUUGCAUGCAAAAUAUAAACAUCGUGUAUUGAGUUAUCAA